AUGGAUUCCUCCUCGUCAUCCUCUGCGGCGGGCUUGGGUUCUGUGGAUCCCCAGCUGCAGCAUUUCAUCGAGGUGGAGACGCAGAAGCAGCGCUUCCAGCAGCUGGUGCACCAGAUGAUGGAAGUUUGCUGGGAGAAGUGCAUGGACAAGCCUGGGCAAAAGUUGGACAGUUGGGCUGAGGCCUGUUUUGUAAACUGCGUUGAGCACUUCAUUGAUACAAGCCAAUUCAUCUUGAAUCGACUGGAACAGACUCAGAAAUCCAAACCAGUCUUCUCAGAGAGCCUUUCUGACUGAUCUCAGCAUUACCUCUUUGGAAAAGUAGCUCAAGAAAUGAAAAGCUGUUGAUGGAAGGUUGAAGAAAUGGCUAUGGGGGAAUGGUUCCCAACUCUUGUCAUUCUUGGGACGUCUUAUCAUCUGAGAAUGAACAAAGACCAAUUUUGUGUAGGAGGGGUUGAGGGUCAUAUGUGUAUUUGGUUGUGUUUUUAAUGCUAAUCAUGUGAAAAUAAUUGAAAGA